GAUAUUCUUCAUGAACUUGAAAAUAAAUCUUGUGCUUAUCCAUUUAAGUAUAUUAAUAAGGCAGAUAAAGUUAUAAAACAUCCAAUAGACUUGUUUACUAUAAAUUUAAAGUUAAAGAAUAAUCAAUAUAAAAGUUUAAAAGAAUUUGAAAAAGAUGUUCGUCUAAUAUUUCGCAAUUGUUAUACAUAUAAUAAUGUUGAAAGUGAGAUUUAUCAUUCAGGUGAAGUACUAGAAUCUGUUUUUAAUAAAAAA